AUGAGCCAGCAGAGGGUCCGAGAUGCAUUCUCGCAUAAAUCGGACGGGCAGGUAGCAACCGAGCCGACACGUCCAGUUCAUAAACUCCCAUCACAAAUCCGCGGCUCAAGGCUCAAUGCUCAGAUCGGAUCACUCGUCGGGAUACCUGCAAUCUCAGUUCUAAAGCUUGUGGUAGCCGCGAUGCUCAACAGGAUUCUUGUUCCGACUCCUUUCCACCGUAAUAUGGUCUGGAUCCUGAGCGGACCUGCCACACUGGUUGGCUGCAUAUGCUUCCCCGUCCUCAUGACUAUUGGCCAACCUCACCAGGCAAUCUGGGACAAGCUUAUCAAGAAUGCCAAGUGCAGAGACCCCUUGUGUUCUACGCUACGGUCUAUUUCAUCUUCAAUGGAGCAGUGUCUGUGUUCGUGGAUUUUUACUUCGCAGUGUACGCAGUUGUUGUGCGUUGGAGGCUUAAGUUUUAAUUUUGAAGAAAAUUGCUGUCUGCGCUGCACUGGGACUCGGUUCAGUAGCUUGCGCCAUUGCGAUUGUCAAAUGCGUUCAGCUACCAAUCUUGAAACAGAGAGUCGAUACUACUUGAGAUGGGAAGCCACCAAUUUGAAACAACUGAGCCGCUCUAAUAUCAAUCUAAAGAAUGCCUCAGACGAAGACGCAUCACCUCCAUUGCCGUCCGAAUCCGGGGAUGAGCGGUCACUGAUCCGUCUAGACAACGAUAUUGUUCUGUGA